AUUGGCCGCCGCGGCGGCCCCGCCCGCGAGUGGCGGGCGGUCACGUGACGCGACGGCUGGGGGCUCCCGGCGCGGGGGACGCUGGUGGCCAAGAUGGCGGCGGAGCUGGUGGAGGCCAAAAACAUGGUGAUGAGUUUCCGAGUCUCCGAUCUUCAGAUGCUCCUGGGUUUUGUUGGCCGGAGUAAGAGCGGACUUAAACACGAACUUGUCACCCGGGCCCUCCAGCUGGUCCAGUUUGACUGUAGCCCCGAGCUAUUCAAGAAGAUCAAGGAGCUGUACGAGACACGCUACGCCAAGAAGAGCUCAGAGCCUGUCCCCCAGCCCCACCGGCCCCUGGACCCCCUGACCAUGCACUCAACCUACGACCGGGCUGGCACAGUGCCCAGGACUCCCCUCUCGGGCCCCAACAUUGACUACCCCGUGCUCUACGGGAAGUACUUGAAUGGACUUGGACGCUUGCCUGCCAAGACCCUCAAGCCAGAAGUGCGUCUGGUGAAGCUGCCCUUCUUUAACAUGCUGGACGAGUUGCUGAAGCCCACAGAGCUGGUUCCACAGAAUAACGAGAAGCUUCAGGAGAGCCCAUGCAUUUUUGCGUUGACGCCAAGGCAAGUGGAGCUGAUCCGGAACUCCAGAGAGCUGCAGCCCGGGAUCAAGGCCGUGCAGGUGGUCCUCAGAAUUUGCUACUCAGACACCAGCGGCCCUCAGGAGGACCAGUACCCACCCAACAUCGCCGUGAAGGUCAACCACAGCUACUGCUCGGUCCCGGGCUACUACCCCUCCAAUAAGCCUGGAGUGGAACCCAAGAGGCCCUGCCGCCCCAUCAACCUCACCCACCUCAUGUACCUGUCCUCGGCCACCAACCGCAUCACCGUGACCUGGGGGAACUACGGCAAGAGUUACUCCGUGGCCUUGUACUUGGUGCGGCAACUGACCUCUUCGGAACUGCUGCAGAGGUUGAAAACCAUUGGGGUCAAGCAUCCAGAGCUGUGCAAGGCGCUGGUCAAAGAGAAGCUGCGUCUGGACCCCGACAGCGAGAUCGCCACCACCGGCGUGCGGGUCUCCCUCAUCUGCCCGCUGGUGAAGAUGCGGCUGUCGGUGCCCUGCCGGGCGGAGACCUGCGCCCACCUGCAGUGCUUCGACGCUGUCUUCUACCUCCAGAUGAACGAGAAGAAGCCCACCUGGAUGUGCCCCGUGUGCGACAAGCCGGCCCCCUACGACCAGCUCAUCAUUGACGGGCUCCUCUCCAAGAUCCUGAGUGAGUGCGAGGACGCCGACGAGAUCGAGUACCUGGUGGACGGCUCGUGGUGCCCGAUCCGCGCCGAGAAGGAGCGCAGCUGCAGCCCCCAGUGCCCCAUCCUCGUGCUCGGCACCUCGGACGCCAACGGGCUCCUGUCCACCCCCAACGUCAACGGGGGCGGGGGCGGGGCGCUUGGGGGCGCCGGGGGCGGGGGCGGCGCGGCAGGCGGAGUCGAGAACGGGAAGCCGGGAGCCGACGUGGUGGACCUCACGCUGGACAGCUCGUCGUCGUCGUCGGAGGAGGAGGACGAGGAGGAGGACGAGGAGGACGAGGACGAGGAGGGCCCCCGGCCCAAGCGCCGCUGUCCCUUCCAGAAGGGCCUGGUGUCGGCCUGCUGACUGCUCGCCGCCGCCGCCCCCGGCUGGACGCUCGACUUCCCUGGUGCUCACCCACGCGGAGGGGGCGCAGGCGGGCCUCGGGGUGCAGAGGGAGGAGUGAUUGGCUUCUUUUUACUGUUGUUCAUUUUGUUUUUCCGCCCCUUUCCCUGGCUCCUGGUACCUGUACCUCUGGACUCUCCUAUCGGAGAAUUAAAAAAAAGUAAAAUGACAAAAAAAGUCCAAAAAAAAA